AUGUCUUGUCGUUCAUAUCGUAUCAGUUCAGGAUGUGGCGUAACAAGGAACUUCAGCUCCUGCUCAGCUGUAGCCCCCAAGACUGGCAACCGCUGUUGCAUCAGUGCUGCCCCAUAUCGUGGGGUGUCCUGCUACAGGGGUCUCACUGGCUUUGGCAGCCGCAGCCUAUGUAAUGUGGGGUCCUGUGGCCCCCGAAUCUCCGUGGGAGGAUACCGUUCCUUGGGCUGUGGUCGGAGCUUUGGCUAUCGGUCUGGGGGUGUUUGUGGGCCCAGCCCCCCCUGCAUCACCACUGUGUCUGUCAACGAGAGCCUCCUGACUCCCCUCAACCUGGAGAUCGACCCCAAUGCCCAGUGUGUGAAGCAUGAGGAGAAGGAGCAGAUCAAGUGUCUCAACAGCAAAUUUGCUGCCUUCAUUGACAAGGUCCGGUUCCUGGAGCAGCAAAACAAGCUCCUGGAGACCAAAUGGAACUUCUAUCAGAAUCAGAGAUGCUGCCAGAGCAACAUGGAGCCCCUGUUCAAUGGUUACAUUGAGACCCUGAAGCGGGAGCUGGAGUGUGUAGAGGCUGACAGUGGGCGUCUAUCCUCUGAGCUCAAUCACAUUCAGGAGGUGUUGGAAGGCUACAAGAAGAAGUACGAAGAGGAAGUGGCCCUCCGGGCCACAGCCGAGAAUGAAUUUGUGGUGCUAAAGAAGGAUGUGGACUGCGCCUACUUGAGGAAGUCUGACCUGGAAGCCAAUGCAGAAGCCCUCACAGAGGAGAUAAACUUUUUGAGAGCCCUGUAUGAGGAGGAGAUCCGGCUCCUUCAGUCACAAAUCUCCGACACUUCAGUCAUUGUCAAGAUGGACAAUAGCCGCGACCUGAACAUGGACUGCAUAGUGGCUGAGAUCAAGGCUCAAUAUGACGACAUCGCUAGUCGCAGCCGGGCUGAGGCUGAAUCCUGGUACCGUACCAAGUGUGAAGAAAUGAAAGCCACAGUGAUCCGCCAUGGAGAAAGCCUUAGAAGGACCAAGGAAGAGAUGAAUGAACUGAAUCGUAUUAUUCAGAGACUGACGGCUGAGAUUGAGAAUGCCAAGUGCCAGCGUCGUAAACUGGAGGCUGCAGUGGCAGAGGCUGAACAGCAGGGUGAGGCUGCCCUCAAUGAUGCCAAGUGCAAGUUGGCUGAGCUGGAGGGUGCCCUACAGAAGGCAAAGCAGGACAUGGCUUGUCUACUGAAGGAAUACCAGGAGGUCAUGAACUCCAAACUGGGGCUGGACAUUGAGAUCGCCACCUACAAGAGGCUGCUGGAAGGAGAGGAGCACAGGCUGUGUGAAGGUGUGGGCUCUGUAAAUGUCUGUGUAAGCAGUUCCCGGGGUGGGGUGACCUGUGGGGGUCUCAUCUGUAGCACCACCCCAGGACUCCAGAUUGCCUCAGGUCCUUCUGCCACUGGAGGUAGCUACACAGUGAUGGCACCUGAUUCCUGUGGUCCCUGCCAGCCCCGAUCUUUGGGCUUCAGCUGUGGGAGCAGUCGAUCAGUCCGCUUUGCAUAG